GUUAUAGCUGUUAUAAAUACUAUAUAAAAAAUUAAAGAUCGGCUAACUUGGUGAAAUCACAUUGGCCAAAAGUAAAAAUUUCAGGAAUGGUAGAUAUUGGUGCCGCAAUGGAAGCCCAAUAUAUGACAGGUUCUGAAAAUCACGUAGCUUUGACGGACGAAGUUCCAAUAUUGCAAAAAAUUGAAAAUAGAGCCUAGAGAUGCAUUUGUCAUUCGGUCUAGGAACAAGUUACAGAUCAGUGGACGUUACCGUUGGAUAGAGAACAGUUUGACAAUAUUAAAGCAUUAAUUAAAGCUGAAAAUGCAAUUUGACUUCGUAGACAUAUUUGAAUCGAAAAAACGUUCGCUACAAAAAAUGAUCAACUCAACAAGUUGUGUCUAUGAUUAAAUUUUCAAACUUCUAUCACUUAAAUAGAAGAGCUAGUUAAGAACCAAUUUGACUGGGUGACCCAAUCUUGCUUUCCCCUUAGUUGGACCCUUUGUAAGGGUUUCAAAGUUUGUGGAACCUACUACUAUGCUUAAAGACCUAAGUAUUAGAAACUCACAAAAUUUCAUUCCAUUUAGAGAGAGUCAAUGUAAAGUAUGGUAUGUUUCCAAAAGAAUAACCCUAUUUCAAUAAAGAUUUAUAAAAACUAAUAUUGCCGCCAUCGGAGCAUAUAUACAGUUGUUGUAUCCAAGCUCCUACAUUUUAACAACAUGUACCUUCUUGAGUGUGAGUAAAGUAUUACUAAUCGUGCCUAUACAUUUCAUAUAGUCGACCAACUUGCGCCACUCUUUUUACCGUUUUCAAUUAAUGAAAAAAUUAUUAUUGCAUCACUCGAAGGAAAAAAGGAACGUUGGUAUGAUUUCUGCUUCUAUUCACCUACGCAUACCCACGCCGUCUCGCAUGUUGUUUGAUCUAUUACAUUAAUGCAGAGGAGAAUAUUUAUUGCUAAGUUACUCAACAAAACGUUUAUUGUGAUCAAUCAUAAUACUGUAUUUGUUUUUCUCGAAAAAUGCAUCUCUUAUAACGAUAUGAUUCACAUUUGUCACAUUCAGAAAUAAAACUCUGGUUUUCAAUCAAAUUUGAAUCAUAAUAUUGCUCAUGAAUAAUGAAACAAUAAAUACAUAUUUAUUCAUAAUGAGAACUGGCAACUUAGUCGUUUUUAUUGCUUUAGAAACGGAAGAAAAGCAUCGAAACAGUUACUAUUAAGUACAUACGAGAAAAAAAAACUGGUUAUCAUCGUUUAUUGAACGUAUAGACCAUAAAGAAUAAGCGAACAGACAAACAUCAAUAUGAAUGGCAAAGCAGAUGAUGAGAAUAUUGAAGAUGACCAUAUUAAAAUGUUUUUGAACAAAACAAACUAUAUAAAUUUACUUACCUAUUGUGACUCUCGUUCUAACAUAAAGUUCAAUUUAAGAGCUAAUUGUCGGACGAAUAUCUAAAGAGUUCUGAGCAAAUUUACUUCCUUGAAUGUCGAAAAAUUUUAAUUCUUUUAGUGUUUUGAAAAUAUGAUACAGAAGAUCCUUUUGUAUUUUUGCCAUUUUCUUGCAUCUUAGUCAAACGCAAAGCCUUAUCAAAUGAGUAUACAUGCAUGAAUCGUUAUAAACACGCGAGAGUUAUUUUUCCAAAAAAUAAGAUUCGAAUAUGUAUAUUUUGAUUUAUUACACGAACUUCACCAUUUGAUUAUCGACUUAGAUUAGAAACAAAAUCAAAACUAACGAAUAGAAUAAUUCAUCUGAUAACCACUAGAUAUGUGUAAAUAUGAAUGCUAAUAACUAUCGGCGAAUUUGAAAAAUUGAACCAAGCUUUUGAGUCAAUAGAGUGUGAUUUUUGAAAGAAAUUUCAUUUCAACCAGAAUUAAAUAAAUACACACAGUAGAAAAAAAAACAAAAUUCUUGCAUACAUACUAAAAAAUGGCAGAUAUGUGCAUGCUAAUAGGAAAUCGCUUUGGUAAUAGUGUUCGUAAAUGUUAUCUUUUUGUAUUAACAUAUAGAACUUUACAAAGUUCUAAUUAUCCUGCAUACACGUGCUAGAUUAUUGCAUUCAACUAUUUUCAAGAUUGAAAAUCAUGCAUAGUCUUGUAUAGUCUGCUUAAAAGGUUAAAGAAUUAUAUUUUUCUAUAUGUUUCUGCAGGCGAUACGUCUGUGCAUGUACUAUUGUAUUGGAUUCAUACGAGACCAUUGGAAAUAUUUGGUAUAAUUUGUAUGUUCAUGUAUGAGGUACGAUGAUUUGACAUGUAAACGCGAAUUACUGAAAAUUUUCUGCAAAAAACACACGUUUUUUUAAAGAUUUCACAUUUGUCUAGGAUGUGAAUGAAUGUUUGAGCUAUUUUCGCUUGUAAUGUGAGAUAAAAAGUAGAUCAAUAAUAAUUUCAAAGCUGCAUAAAAAAGAAAAAAGAGAAAAAAAUCCAAGUAACUUUAAUAGAAAUAUUAUUUAAGGAAAAAAAAGGAUUUUUCCUUCUCAUUUCAGUACAAUGUGGUUCAUCACGUCUAACCGAUGAAUUGAUAGAAAAAAUGCAAAACAUAAUUGAACGUCCCAUACAUCAUUUCAUUCGAUGUCGACAUUUCUUUUCUCACCGGUUUGUACUGAUUUCGUCAUGAUAUAUAAUUUAGUCGUAUAAAUUAGGGGGCAUUGCCCCCAUUCUGAAAAGAAAACUUUUAAUUGUUUCAGAUGGUUACAAGAUGUAUUUAAUGUCCCAUUAGCCAUUCAAAUGAGAGAUAAUGAAAAAAUUUCUUUGGGGAAUAUUUAACACCAGAAGCGACUAAUUGAUUAGCACAUAAAACUGUAAAAGAUAUCAUUGGUUGUGAUUUUGAAUAUAUGCCGUACGUAUGAUGUCUUUUGUUGUUCUAGUCAAUAUCCCAAUUUUGAUAAGAACAUUUGUCGAAUUCAAAAAUGUGUAACGUACAAUAAAGUCAUAUGUAUACAUGUUCUCACUUGUUCGUUAUCAAAUUUCAUUUCUUAUUAGUAAAGUUCUAACAUUGAAAAUAACGAAAUAUUGCUAUAGUAGAUAGGAUUUGGCAAGAUUUGUUAUUAUUUAUUUUUAAAUAGCUAUAUUUGGCCUGAUUAAUAGUGAUUCAAUUGGAAAUAUUAGCUUUCCUGCUCUCCAAACUGCUCCUGCUGUAAGUUCUUCAUUUCCAUUCAUAUUCCAAGAAUGUGAUAAAGAAGAAUUACGAUGUCUUAUUCCAUAUGCUAUUGAUCAGGAUCCAUACUUUCGAUUGACACGUGAUGUCGUACCUCGGCUAAAUUUUCCUAAAUAUGUUUAG